AUGAAAGUGGUGCGAGCUUUCUCGGACAGACUUGUUCGGCGAGCUCUUUCCGUGCAUGGGACGUGCACCGGCGAACAUGGUAUUCGGAAUUGGCAAAAUACCAUAUCUUGUGGAGGAGUUCGGCUCGAUUGGUGUGCAAGUAAUGAAGGAAAUCAAAGAGGGCACUUGAUCCUAAUAACAUAA